CGUUUGGCAAUCGGAGUGGGAGUGGGAGUACUCCCCCCUAUCCCUCCCCACUUUCCUCCUCUUCCUCCUCCUCUUCCUCUUCCUCCUCACCCCUGACCUCGAAACAACUCCACGGACCGGUUCUAGCACCAACCUGUCCGUCUUUCCGCUCCCCUCGUUUUCUUUUUGUUUUCUUUUUCUUCUUUUUGUCGUCUUCGAGGCUUUAACGGAAUUGCCAAGACCUGUUUCAUGCAUGUCCACUGGCGGCAGGUUCAACUUUGACGAUGGGGGGUCAUACUGCGGUGGGUGGGAGGAGGGCAAGGCGCACGGCCAUGGGAUCUGCACGGGACCCAAAGGCCAGGGCGAGUACUGUGGGUCCUGGGCCCACGGCUUCGAGCUGCUGGGCGUCUACACGUGGCCCAGCGGGAACACUUACCAGGGCACUUGGGCUCAGGGCAAGAGACACGGGGUGGGGGUGGAGAACAAAGGCCGGUGGGUGUACAAGGGCGAGUGGACGCACGGCUUUAAGGGACGCUACGGUAUACGGGAGAGCACGGGAACCAGCGGGAAAUACGAGGGGACGUGGAACAACGGGCUGCAGGACGGAUACGGGACGGAGACGUACUCAGACGGAGGUACAUUCCAGGGCCAGUGGGUCGGCGGGAUGCGACACGGAUACGGGGUCCGCCAGAGCGUCCCCUACGGCAUGGCGGCCGUCAUCCGCUCCCCGCUCCGCACCUCCAUAAACUCCCUCCGCUCCGGCUCGGAGCACAGUAACGGCACCGCCCUGCUGGACCGGAGCGGGGCGGCGGUUCCGGUCCCUCCGCCCGUCCCCGGUACCCUGACCACCAGCGUGUCCAUGUGCAGCACGGGCAGCAGCGGCAGCAGCCCCGCCGUGUCCCGCGGAGGCUUCGUGCUGACGGCCCACAGCGAGGCCGAGCUGCUCAAGGGCAAGAGGAAGGGCGGGCUGUUCCGAAGGUCCAUCCUGUCCGGGCUCAAGCUCCGGAAGUCCGAGUCCAGGAGCUCGCUGGCGUCGCAGAGGUCCAAACAGAGUUCAUUCAGGAGCGAAGCCGGGAUGAGUACGGUGUCAUCAGCCGCAUCCGAUAUCAACUCUACUAUCAGUCUCGGAGAUGCGGAUGCAGAGUUGGCCGUUGCUGACGAUGACGUGGACGCCACGGCGACAGAGACCUACUGCGGAGAGUGGAAGAACGACAAGCGGACGGGUUUCGGCGUGAGUCGGCGGUCCGACGGGCUGCAGUACGAAGGGGAGUGGCUUAGCAACAAACGCCACGGCUAUGGCUGCACCACGUUUCCUGACGGUACAAAAGAGGAAGGGAAAUACAAGCAGAACAUCCUAGUGAGCGGGAAGAGGAAGAACCUGAUCCCCCUACGGGCCAGCAAAAUACGAGAGAAGGUGGACCGAGCGGUGGAAGGAGCGCAGAAGGCCGCGGACAUCGCCCGGCAGAAGGCGGAAAUCGCCCUGUCCAGGACGGCUCAUGCACAGGGGAAAGCUGAGGCGGCGGUCGGAGCGGCGCAGAAAGCCCAGGAGGAGAGUCGCAUGGCCAGGGUCACCGCCAAGCAGUUCUCCCCUUCCUUCCAGCAUCCAGGAAACGGUAUGGAGGUGCAGCGUCCAAAACGUCAGGUGUCCAGCGAGAUGGAAGGGGAGGGGUUGUCGAGUAGCGCCGGCACCGCCGACAGCCCCGAUAUCUACGUGAAGAGCGGAGCCUCCGACGACCCCUCCAACGACGCUGCCACACCUGACCUCAGUCCUCCUUCCUCCUCGCCCCCCCACACUCCACCUCCGCCCACCAGGCCGUCCCAGCGCAGCAAGAGCGCCCGCUUCCACCGGCAGAGUGCUGUGGACCACGGGGACCGGGGGAAGGAGGGCGGAGACAGGGGUGAGAAAGGGGGAGGAGGAGGCCAGACGGAAAUCCAGGUGUUGAUGGAGGGAGGCGGCGGGGGAGGCGAAGGCGUAGGAGGAGGAGGGGGGAAGGCUGAGUACCCGCGGGCCAACAGCUGGAGCGAGGACAAGCGGAAAGGGACGCUGUCGAAAGGAGGGGGCGGGGUCAGCGGACGAGGGGUGAGCCGGACCAACGGACACAAACACAGCUCCUCCAAUCAUAAGUCCCGGGAGCACGGCUCGUCCAAUCACAGACAAGCCAGGCAGGAACGGUGGACAGAGUCGUCCUCGUCCGCCUCUUGGACGUCCGGGCACAGGGGCGUUCACGGUAAGGGGGGGCGGCUCCUCGAGCAGGACGAGGAGAAAAUUAGCAACUACGAGAUGGAGAUGAAGCCUUUACAACCUAGAGACUCCACUACCCAUAAACCCCAUGGGCACGGGGAGGAGCGGCACGGGCACGGACACGGGCACGGGGAGGGGCGCUCACAUGUGGUGCAGAGACAGAGGCAUAAGAACCGCGAAGGGAGGGAGGGGAAAGAGGGGCGGGAAGGGGGGAAAGAGGCGGGGCAUAAGCCGGACGGCGGACGAUCGGGGGACAAGAUGGAUUCACGGCCGCUCCGUCGGGACCUGACCCUGUCGCCCCCGCUCAAGUCCACCCCCAUCCCAUCAGAGCAGCAGGACCACAGCCUGACGCAGAGCAAAGGCAACUCGGCCUACAGCUCUAUCCUGGUCGUCAUGGUGAUCCUGCUCAACAUUGGAGUGGCUAUUUUGUUUAUCCACUUUUUUAUUUAAAGACAGCCCUGCUUUCAGAGUCAGCCUAUCUAUGCUACAACAACUAUCGAUUCAUAUGAGUAUUAUGACUGAACCGCCCCCCCCCCCACCCCCCCGAGGAGGGCUACAGCGGUCCAGUCCACCCACACCAGGGGGGCCGACCGGGGCUAAACCUGGUCCAGACACCACGAAAAAAAGGACGUAUACAGAAAUGUGUAGCCCAAAGAAGAGGAUGGAAAGAAGGGGGGGGGGGGGGGGGGGCGGUCCAGUGAAGUGGACUACAGGGAGGUACCAGAGUCCAGAACCUGGACUCAAGUGGACAGACCCGGUCUGAGUCCCAGACCAUGAGAGAUGCAGCUGGAACGACAGCCAGACGUCUGCUUCCACUGUCCGACAGCAGACUGGACUGAGCAGACAGACUUUUUCAUCUGCAGAUCAUAGUUUUCAACAGAUUUGUAACUUAUUAUUUAUUUAUUAACAUUUUUCUCUCAUGUAAAA